CGCGCCGCCGCGUGGCCUCGGCCUGAUGAACGCCUUGGGGGGAGCCGCGGCCACCUCGGCCACCUAGUUCCCCCACCCCCUGGCCGUGGGCGCCCAGGCCCCGCCCGCGCGGAGCCGCCGCAGGGUUAUAUUGGGCCGGACCGAAGGUGGAGGCGAGAUUCUGCUGCGGCCGGCCAGCGCGGACAUGCUGCCCGGGAAGCCGGGGGUGGCAAGGCGGCUGCGGGUGCGGCGGCCUCGAAGACUCCUUUCUAUGGGCUCUCGAGGCUGAAGACGUCCUAUCCUCAAAAGUAGCGGGUGCGCCAGCAGACGUCAGGUCGGUGCCUGAGACCUAGACAUCCAGCGAAGGAACACUUUUGGACGCCCAGACCGAUAGCAUAAGCGCCGGCUCGGUCCUCCCAGCACGAAAUCCUAAGGCUGGUGUGUCCUGGCCCCCGCUUCGCAGGGUGGCCCCUCAUUCCUCGCUUGUCUUCCGCUCAAAGUCUCUAAACCUCGGAGUAAGGACAGCACUGCACCAACUUCUAUCACUCCACUCCUCACUUCACCCAACAAUCAAAACCCCUCCCAAAAAAAAUCCCAGCGGAGGAGAACCUUUCGGAAAAGCGUCUCUCUCGGAAAGACGCAGGAGCGGUCCCUCCCAGGAGAAGACAGACUCAGCGGGCCACGGGAUCGCCACUCCGGGCGCCACUCGCUUCCUACGACCUCGCAGGAAAGGGGUAACUGUGCCGGACUGGAAGCACCAGCGCCGGCAUGAAAUUGGAGGUGUUCGUCCCACGCGCAGCCCACGGGGACAAAAUGGGCAGCGAUCUGGAGGGGGCCGGCAGCAGCGACGUGCCAUCUCCACUGUCCGCGGCUGGUGACGACUCCUUAGGCUCAGACGGGGACUGUGCAGCCAACAGCCCGGCGGCGGGCAGCGGCGCCGGGGAUCUGGAAGGUGGCGGCGGCGAGAGGAAUUCGAGUGGCGGGCCGAGCGCCCAAGACGGUCCGGAGGCAACUGAUGACAGCAGAACGCAGGCCUCCGCGGCAGGGCCGUGCGCGGGCGGCGUGGGCGGCGGCGAGGGCGCGCGCAGCAAGCCGUACACGCGGCGGCCCAAGCCCCCAUACUCCUACAUCGCUCUCAUCGCCAUGGCCAUCCGCGACUCCGCGGGCGGACGCCUGACACUGGCCGAGAUCAACGAGUACCUCAUGGGCAAGUUCCCCUUUUUCCGGGGCAGCUACACGGGCUGGCGCAACUCCGUGCGCCACAACCUCUCGCUCAACGACUGUUUCGUCAAGGUGCUGCGCGACCCCUCGCGGCCCUGGGGCAAGGACAACUACUGGAUGCUCAACCCCAACAGCGAAUACACCUUCGCCGACGGGGUCUUCCGCCGCCGCCGCAAGCGCCUCAGCCACCGGACCACAGUCUCCGCGUCCGGGCUGCGGCCGGAGGAAGCCCCACCCGGACCUGCCGGGACCCCGCAGCCCGCGCCCGCCGCCCGCUCCUCCCCGAUCGCGCGCUCGCCGGCUCGCCAGGAGGAGCGCUCCAGCCCUGCGAGCAAGUUCUCCAGCUCCUUCGCCAUCGACAGCAUUCUCAGCAAGCCUUUUCGCAGCCGCCGCGACGGCGACUCGGCUCUGGGGGUGCAGCUACCCUGGGGCGCCGCUCCCUGCCCGCCGCUGCGCGCCUAUCCCGCGCUCCUUCCCGCGGCGCCCGGUGGCGCUCUGCUACCGCUCUGUGCUUACGGCGCAAGCGAGCCUACGCUGCUGGCGUCGCGCGGGACCGAGGUGCAGCCCGCGGCGCCCCUUCUGCUGGCGCCCCUCUCCACCGCGGCUCCAGCCAAGCCAUUCCGAGGUCCGGAGACCGCCGGCGCGGCGCACCUGUACUGCCCCCUACGGCUGCCCACGGCCCUGCAGGCGGCAGCGGCCUGCGGUCCCGGUCCGCACCUGUCCUACCCGGUGGAGACUCUGCUAGCUUGACAGGAGCUCUGUGCUCAGCAGAAGGGGUGCUGAGCAGGGUGGAGUUGGGGGCGCCUUUUGUUGAGGAGGUUGGAAUGUGGGCUCUAGGGCUGUGCACUUUCCACUUUCCGGAGGAAUAGAGUUUUUCUUUUUUUCAACUCUCCAUCAAAUGUGCCUUAAAGUUAAGCAUUUUGACCCAAGUGUUUUAACUUAGUCCAGAAUAGUUUCCUUUGUCUUUUGUAACUUUACAGAGGAUCAAAGCCGUUCUUUUCCAUUUCUUGGCCAGGCCUGUACUCUCCCGCAUAGAGGCUUUCCUUUCCCUCCUAUUUGCGUCACGCCUUCCACUGAUUUACCUUCCCCACCCAUAAAAAAGAAAAAGAAAAAUACAUCAGGGAACCACUCCAUGGGGUAAAUGAUGACUACUGUUUGGGGUUUUGAGACCCCGCUGUGUAAAUGUGUGUCUUUCACAGGAGUGACUGCUGCGUGUAAGAGAGCUGUCAAUCAAACUUAUGGUCAUUUUCUUUGCUAACAACCAAUGCUUCACUGUGCCAAAAAAAAAAAAAAAGAGGGAAAUGUUGUUGGGUUUUUGUAAUUAAAUUAUUUAUAUAUUUUUGAAACCUGAAUUGAAAUGUUGCAGGCAACGGCUACAGCUUUAUUAGUGGUUACCUAACUGUGGUCUUCUUGGGCCAAGCAAUUUCUUUAAAGGAAAAGUUAGCAUUAUGUUUGUGGGGUGCCAGGGCCGCCACCACGAGAAACCGUGUGAUUUUUAUUUUAAUAUUAUUUGUGUCUGUGUAUAUAUUUGUAUAUAAAUUUUAUGAACCCCAGGCAUACUGCUUGUUUUUUUAAAAAAAAAUAAAACUCAAAAUUGAUCUACAAAA